CUUGCGCUCAGACGAUGACCAGCAAGGGUCUGAAUCCCAGCCCCAAGCGGUCUGUACGUGACCCCAAGACGGGACGAGCUGUCCAGGAGAGGAACUCGUACGCGGUGAGCGUGUGGAAGAGGGUGAAAGCCAAGCUGGAGGGGAGAGACGUGGACCCCAACAGGAGGAUGAGUGUCUCUGAGCAGGUGGACUGUGUGAUAAAGGAGGCCACCAACAUGGACAAUCUGUCCCAGCUCUACGAGGGUUGGACAGCCUGGGUGUGAACGGUGUCUCCCUGUGGUGCAUCUCUUUGGUUCCAGCACACAACCGAGCCUCGCAGUGGGAGGGUUAGACAUCCAACCGAACCUCCAGACCAGACACCCAGAUACCCUGUUACCCACCUGCCCUGUUCUGGCAGGGUUAGGGUUAGGCGUGUCUGUCUGGGCCUGGGGGGGGGGGCGAAGGAAGGAGGGGAGGAGCCGCUGGAGCAGCAGCACUCAACCGUGCCACACGCUGAUGGGGAAGGAGGGGGGAGGGGGGGGUCAAGAUACCCCCCCCCAUAUAACCUCCUAGGGGCCUACCAUGGAACCCGUACCCCGUACCGUAGCAGCACUAAAGCUGUCUGCCUGCCUGCCUGCCUGAUUGGCUGGCUUCACCCAGUCCCACCCAACCCUGCCACCUGGCAAUGGACCCAGCUAACACAACCAGCUAAAGGGUCACUCUGCAGUCUGUCUGCAGCCCGAUCCGACCACCCUGCUUGUCUGUUCAGGUGGGGGGGUCUGUCUGGGACAGGAAGGGGAGCAGAGAAAUUGGGAGGGAAGGUGUGAUAAUAAGUCCCUCCCCCUCUACCCUAUGUUUUGAAUAACCUUUACCCUCCCCAAAUGAAAACCACCACCCUCCACUCACUGUUACCACCGAUGACCCCCCCCCCCCCCCCCCCCUUUAACAGCUGAGCUGGUUUACCCAGCAUGCCGUUGGGUUUGGACCUCAUUCAGAGGGGUGGAGAAAGGGGCAGAUUUGCCAGGGUCUGAAGAGCAGGUUGCUCCUGUUUUUAAACCAAUCGCCUCCCUGAUGGUACAGUGAUUCUGAUUGGCCAGCGACUAAGCUGCGUGAGUUGUGAUUGGGCAGGUGUGGCAUGGGGGGGGGGAGAGAGAGAAUCUGUCGGCUCAAUGGACUCCAUCCGAAGCCUGAGGGGAAAAUGAUUUCAGGAAAUAAAAUUGUCAUCAGACUUUUCUUUUUUCUUCUCUGAAACAUUUAUUGUAAAACAGAAGAAAAAAAAUACAUAUUUUACAAAGCUCUUUAGAAAUUGUGUAUCACACAAGUUUCACAUUAAAAAUGGAUUAUCAAGUGGAGAUCGGGUUUUUGGGGAGAAGAUUCACUGUUGUGUGGUGUUUUUUUAAAUGUUUCGGCACUGCGUAAAAAUGUGCCUCAAGUUAACUAAUCCUAUUGUCUGAAGUUAUGAUUUUCUGUUAGGGGAGUUGAGAUUUGGGGAUUGACUGAGAAAGGACGACAAAGUGGUCAAAGUUCUAGCUAGUUAUUAUCUGAACCUUGGUUUUCAUCCCGAAUGGCACCAUAUCCCCUAUACAGUGCACUACUUUUGACCAGAGACGUUUGGGUCGAAGGUAGUGCCCUAAAUCGGGAAUAGGGUGUCACUUGGGACGUAAACCUUGACCUGAGAGAAAUCCAUGUAAAAUCAAUUUUUCUUCAAUGUGCAUCUUUAUUCAUAUCUGUUGUAUUGUAGGCUUCUCCUCCCUCCCCCCUCGUUUAUAAAAGAGAAAACCUUUAGACUAGAUUGCUUUUUCCUUUUUUGACUCUCUGCCUGUGUGUGAGUAAGUAGUAUCCUUCCUUCCUAAUAUGGUAUGUAUACUCUCCAGCCCUAUAGCUUGUGUUUUACUGAUCCUUACUAACUGUCCUUCUAGUUUUACCUUUUUUAGUGGGAGAAAUAAGUAGAAUAGACAAGUAAAGGAAUAGUGGAUGUUUAUUUUUUGGGUGAUAGUACAAAACUGUUAUUUCUUAAAAGAUUUUAUUGGAUUUUGUUUGAAAUAAACGUGGAUUUAAAAUUGUC